CAGGAAGGUCACACCAUCCCUCACCAUCAUCAGAGUGGAGAUCCGAUUCAUAUAAAAACUGAGAUAAAAGAGGAAGAAGAAGAGACGUAUGCGAUGGGUGAUCAGCAGCCUACGGAGAAGGUGGAGAUGACUACGAAAAAUAAACUGGGGCAAUCUGCUUUUGAUAUCGGCACAGAUGGACGCUAUUUCGGGAAUAUCUCAGAAAGACCUAUUUCAAUAUCUGGACUUAAAUUGGAAGAUAAUGGCAUCGUAGAACAUUUUCCAGGAAUGAAUCCCAUUACUCAGAGUCCUUACCCUUUGGAGAGAUCAAUGGAUCCUUCUACUUCUGAAGAGCCUUCUGGUGGAUCACAUGUUGUUCCUUCAGAUAUACGUCUGAGCUCUCACAGUUCAGCUACAUCAAUGGAUCCCUCAAAUCCAGAGAAGUUAUCUGAGCGAUCCCAUACUGGUACUCCAGAUCUACAUCUGAGGUCUCGGAGUAUGGCUCCAUCAACAGGUCCAUCUAAUGCUAAGAAGUCCUCUGAGCGAUCCCAUACUGGUACUCCAGAUCUAGAUCUAGACUCUCAACGUAUGGAUACAUCAACAGGUCCAUCUAAUCCCAAGAAGUCCUCUGAGCGAUCCCAUACUGGUACUCCUGAUAUACAUCUGAGGUCUCGGAGUAUGGAUACAUCAACAGGUCCAUCUAAUCCCAAGAAGUCCUCUGAGCGAUCCCAUACUGUUACUCCAGAUCUAGAUCUAGACUCUCAACGUAUGGAUACAUCAACAGAUCCAUCCAAUCCCGAGAAAUCUUCCCAUACAUCACUUACUGUUACUCCAAACGUACAUCUGAGAUCUCAGAAUACGGACAGAUCAGCAGAUCCCUCCCAACCCAGGACAUCAUCAGAUAACUCACAUACUGUUACUCCAGACCAACAUCUCAGAUCUCAGAGUGCGGAGAGGUCAACCAAUCCACCAAAUCCCAAGGAAUCUUCCGCAAGCCACAAAGCAGUUCCCUCAAGCGAGAGUGUGAUGUCGUGUUUGGGGUGCGGGAAAACGUUCACAAUGCAAUCCGAACUUCUUCUUCAUCUUCGAUCUCACACCAGCGUGACCUAUACCUGUUCGGAGUGCGGGAAACCUUUCAGCGAGAAAAGCGAACUUCGCUCUCAUCAGAAAAUUCACACGGGGGAGAAAGCUUCUUCUCAAUCAGGCGAGAGUCCAAUGUCGUGUUUGGGGUGCGGGAAAUCUUUCACGACGAGACCCGAACUUCUUGCGCAUCUCAGGUCUCACACCAAAGUGACCUACACGUGUUCAGAGUGCGGGAAAUCUUUUACCGAGAAGAGCGAGCUUCUUGCGCACCAGAAAAGUCACAAUCCUUAUUCGUGUACCGAGUGUGGGAAAUCUUUCACUCUGAAAGGAGACUUUACCAGGCAUCAGAGAGUUCACACCGGGGAGCGCCCUUUUUCUUGUACAGAGUGCGGGAAAAGUUUCACCCAAAAAGCAAACCUUGUUAUACACCAGAGAAUUCACACGGGCGAGCGCCCUUUUAAAUGUUCGGAGUGCGAGAAAUGUUUUCCCGACAAGGGAAAGCUUACGGCACACCAGAGAGUUCACACAGGUGAGCGGCCUUAUUCGUGUUCAGAGUGCGGGAAGUGCUUCGACCAGAAAGGGAAACUUAUUCGACACCAGAGAAGUCACACGGGAGAACGGCCUUAUUCAUGUGCAGAGUGCGGGAAAUGUUUUACACUUAAAAGCAAUCUAAAUACACAUCAGAAAACUCACGCCCGUUGACUUUAUUGACAAAUGUUGAUUAACUGAUGGAAACUGCUCCAUCCAUAGAACGAACGUCUAAUAAAAUAUAACUAUUUAAAGGGCCACGCCCCUAUAAAAGUCAUAUAUUCACGGAGAAUCGAAUGGUGGGAUCUUCCCGAUACAGUUCCUGACCACCUUGGAAUGAUAUGAAGAGUAGUAUUGGAUGGUAUCGCUCUCCGACAUCUUCAAAUACUCCAUUGAAUAUCUGAUGUUGAAGAUUUUGAGACGAAGGAAUACAAUUUUUCAACUCCCUUUAGGCGAUGAAAGGCUCGCAGGUUUUGAGAUCGAACACUGGCAAGCUCUUCAGUGAAUGGGGCAGGAUGUCCAUUGUAAGCCAAGCUUUCCCAGUUAUGACCAAUAGAUGAUGUGAUGAUUUUAUUUCCUAAAGAAAUGUUCGUCUGUAUCCGGCCUAAUGGGUGCAAACACGAUCGUUAAAUUAAAUGUAGUACAAUCCAAUCAAAAUUUGUCUUUUAAGGGCUCAUUUACACUUGCUUCAGUGUCAACACACAUCAAAGCGCCUACCACUUCAACAUGCCUUUAUGGUGCUUUGAUGGUGUUUUGAUGAUGCUUCAGUGAUGCUUUGGUGAAACUUCAAUGAUUCUUCCGUGGUGGUUUGAUGAUGCUUUGGUGAUGCAUUUGGUGGUGUUUCAAUGAUGCUUCGGUGGUGCUUCGGUGAUGUUUCAGUGGUGCUUCAAUGAUGCUUCGGUGGUGCUUCAAUGAUGUUUCGGUGGUGCUUCAAUAAUGCUUCAGUGGUGCUUUGAUGGUGCUUAGAUGAUGCUUCAAUUAUACUUCGGUGGUGCUUCAAUGAUGCUUCAGUGGUGCUUCCAUGAUGCUUCGGUGGUGCUUUAAUGUUUCGGUCAUGCUUCAAUGAUGCUUUGGUAGUGCUUCGAUGAUGCUUCAGUGGUGAUUUUUUUUUUUCACAAUCAGGUUUAUUAAUGUGCAAGAAAUGAUUACAAAUUACAUCUUACAUAGUAUUGACGUUAGAUGUCCAGAAUAACAAACAUUAUACAGAGAAAAGAAUUUUGAAUUA